CUCUCUGCAUCGGUUUAACGCGUCGUGUUUCUAGUAGUGGUCUGUGUUUUCCCAUCAGCGACUGACGGGUUUUCAUCAGCCAGCAACUAAUAGCUCUGAGGCAUCCAUUGACGUCCUCGAAUUCAGAAUGGGUCCUCUGCCGUUGGAGUUCCUUUCUACCAGCGCUGUCAAUGACGACUCACCCACUCAAUGCUAUCAUCUCUUCCCGCUGGAGAUGCAGGAACAGAUAAACUUUACGCGUGCCUAUGAAUGGCAUUGGAAUUUGGCCAACGGCCGCUGAUAGUGUUAAAUAUACGCCCAGACAUGUGCGCCCUCAUUCAAGCACGACGUUGGAUUCUGAUUCCGACACGCAGUGCUAUCGACAGCAUUUACGAGAUGUCUGAGCACAAUUACUCAUGCGGCAUCGAUGAUCGCCGGAGCAGCUACCCACUUUAUGACGGUAAACUGUACGAGUAUGAGCUGGUCCCGACCGGACUUGAUGUCCCACUGUACAGUCAUAAGCUCGACCUUCCGUGCCACAAUGUCCCGUACGAUGAUUUUCCCCAUGUCCUCUCCCAUGCACAUCCCUACUUCGUCAUUCUCCACUUCACCCAUGUGGUGACCAGCACCUUCCCUUCUAUUCCACUUCCUCAUCAAAUUGAAGAUGAAGUAGCAGAGAAUCUGGCUUCAAUAGCAACCACAUGGGAGAUUGCUGCUCCUGCACCAUUUCUGGCUCCCUGCAUGCCACAGCAUUCUCAAUCUGAAGCCAGCUUGGAUGAAGCUAUUCGAGAUGAGUCUGGGUCCUAUAUGGCAUGGCAUACCCAAAUCAACUUACCUUCCGACAUAUCAUCCGCUUGUCUGGAUGUGGCCUGUAUACCCAUUGCCCCAGUCAGUAUUCCAGCCUAGCUGAGCUUUGUGCAGUCCAUGGAGAGCACCACAUCAAAGGAUAAGAGUGAGCAGGUGUCCACUGACA